CGUGUCGAGGCCGUCACCGCUGGGGGCGCUGCCUCGGGCCUCACGGCUGCCCCUGCGUCCGGCAUGGGAACACCCGGGCCCUCCGCCCUGGGCCUGCUGCUGCUGCUGCUGGUGGGGCCCGCAGCCCGGGUCGCCGCCUCGGGCCACAGACACGCGGAGAACCAGGGAAUCUCCCUAACUCGCAGCGUGGCCUGUGGCCGGCCCAGCACGGAGGGGAAGAUCCUGGGUGGCCGCCCCGCGCGGGAGAGGAGGUGGCCGUGGCAGGUCAGCGUGCACUACGCGGGCCUCCACGUCUGCGGCGGCUCCAUCCUCAACGAGUACUGGGUGCUGUCGGCUGCGCACUGCUUCGACCGGGACAAGAACAUCCAGAUCUACGACAUGUACGUAGGCCUUGUGAACCUCAGGGUGGCCGGCAACCACACCCAGUGGUAUGAGGUGGAACGGGUGAUCCUGCAUCCCUCGUACGAGGUGGACCACCCCAUCGGAGGCGACGUGGCGCUGGUGCAGCUGAAGAGCCGCAUUGCGUUUUCUGACUCUGUGCUCCCGGUCUGCCUUCCACCUCCAGAUCUGGACCUCACCAGUGCUAACUGCUGGGCCACAGGAUGGGGACUAGUCUCACAACAAGGUGAAACCUCAGACGAGCUGCAGGAGGCGCAGCUCCCACUGAUCCCGCGCACCUGGUGCCGCCUGCUCUAUGGACACGCGUCCUACAUCAUGCCCAACAUGUUGUGUGCUGGGGACAUCCUGAACAUUAAGACCGUGUGUGAGGGCGACUCCGGGGGCCCACUCGUCUGUGAAGUCAACCGCAGCUGGUUGCAGAUUGGAAUCGUGAGCUGGGGCCGCGGCUGCUCCAACCCUCUGUACCCUGGAGUGUGAACUCUGGGACACCUGAGUCUGUCAACUGAACCACAUCUGGAGGUGUGAGCUGGAUGACGCGGCUGCAGUCUCCCUGGGGCCCCGGUGUUCAUGUGGAAUGAAUCCAUUUUGCAUUGCUGUGUCCCAGCACCUCCCCAGGAAGGCUCCAGCAGGCCACACCUGCUCUCCGGACCCUCUCAGCGCCUCAGUGCCUCAAGGUCCCCUGUGUCUGUCAUGAUCCGAGGGCCACUCCCUGUCAGGAGGCCUCCAUGGAAGCUGCCCAUCUCCUGUCCUUCCCUGACGGCGCUCUCACCCAAAUCACUUUAUCUUCUGCCCAUCCCUGCACCCAUCACUGGUCAGAAGCCUCCCCUGUGUGAAAUGUCCUCUCUGAAAUGCGGAGGG